GGAAGAUUCAUCAUUCAAUUUUGUGACUGGUGGCAAUGCGGAAUGCGGAUGUCCUCACCAAGUCACCAAGCAGGCAUAUGCAUACAAACCAUAAACCAUUCAUCGUCUCAUUUUUUGCCCCUUGUGUUACACAAGGAAGAUUGCAGCAUUGAAUCAGAAUCGACUCGACUCUGGAACUCUGUGGUCUCAUCUCUCGCUGAUCUCUGCUACCACUAGCUAGCUUGUACAAUCUUAUUCUCCUUGCUUCCACAUCAUAAAAAUUCAGCAACUGCGAAGAGAAAAAGUUGCAAUAGAAUUCUUCCCUAUCUACCAGUAGCCACAGCAUCAUUGUUAGUUUUCACUAGAUGGCGUCGAGUGUUCAAGGGUCUACUACUGUCUUUCGAGGGGUUCGAAAGAAGCGUACUGGACAAUUGUCUCUAACGGAUGGUGGGGUAUCGUUCCAAGAGGAUGGGUCCAACGUGGUCUCCACUUGGAAAUGGUCUGAAGUAGCUGCACACAAAUUGAAUACGGCCAAAAAUAUGCUAAAAUUCAGUUUAACGGACGAAACAGCACCUGUUUUCACCCUGGAGAAUGCGAAAGAGUUGGAACGGGCUCGCCAGGACAUCGCACUCCGGCGAACGGCUGCUGCCGGUGCCGCCCCCGUUGGGGCAUUUCGACCAGGGGUGGCUUCCAGUGCUGUAUACCCUGCUCCUCCCCAACCGACUGGACUUCGUGUUCGAAGAACCAAUACUGCUCCUGCUGCGAUUGUCGAACGAGCCAAGAAGAGGGAAAGUGCCAAGCCUCUACCACCUCCAGACAAAAAACCAAAGCAUCAAGCAUCCCGAGCCGAUCAAAGCAACAAAGUGAAAGAGACUUGGCUGGAAGAGCGAAUGCGCUGGGAACUGGUCCAUGUCAUUUACGUUCUCUGCGUCUUCACAACCUGCUGGUGUGCCACCACUGCUUUUUCCAGAAAUCCUUCGAUUGGAAACCUCCGUCCAAAUUCCACGAUUGCUGCCCAAGCAUGGAGCAACGGGUGUGAAGAUGGCUUGCAAUAUUGUGUUUGUCCUCGGGAGACCAUUUGUGCUGAUUCUCUCAAGGAUAUGAUACUCCUCGGGAUUGCCCGAUCGAUAGUCUACUUUGUAUAUCCAUUCAUCUGGUUUCUGUUCCUUUCCAAAGCGAAUUUCUUCAAUGCGUGGCUGCAGACCACGGUUGUGAGUGUCUUUUUGGAUUUUUCUGAGUUCCAUCAUUUGCAUCGCUGGGGAGGCAUGUUGGUGGAAUGGGCUACUUGGAUACAUGUUUUCUUCCACCUUUUGCGUUGGGGGCUCGAUGGCAAAAUCGCUUUUCUCUGGCAGCAUCAAACUGGAAUCACGGGACUUAUUGCCACUAUUGUCAUGCCUCUCAUUACCUGGCCAAUGGCCUACAACUUCUUCAAGACAAGGAUGAAUUUUGAGUUGCGCAAGAGUCUUCAUUAUCUUAGCUGGAUCUGGGGUGUUGCCUUGAUUGUCCAUGCUCCUGUUUCACACAUCUUUUAUUUAUGCGGAAUUCCAAUGGUGAUUUACUGGCUGAACUGGUUUAUUGGGUGCUUCUGGGGAACCUACUUAGUGCAUUCAACAAUCUUUCGCCGUUUGGAAUCUGGAGUCUCCCUGACAUUUGACAAUCCACGCGGUUUUGAACUCAAGGGUCCAUCUUAUGUUGUCAUCAUGCUGCCAUGGAUCAGUCGAUACCAAUGGCAUGCCUUUAGCAUCUUCCCGAGCCAUGCGAAUUCCAACCAAUCUUCUGUCUGCAUUGCGGCCAUUGGUGACUGGUCCAAGCAACUACACGACACUACGCUGAGGCCAACUUCAAGACCCGCCUGGGUCAGUGGUCCCUUUUUAUCUCCCUUUGCAACGGCAAUUCACUUUGACAACAUUGUCACUUUGGCAACUGGAAUUGGCAUUACGCCAGCUCUGUGUACCGUGAACAUGUACCGAGGAACUCGCCGUAUCAAUCUGGUGUGGAUGUGUCGCGAUCCAUCAUUCGUAGAGUUCUUUGUCAGCACGGUAGACUUUCCUUCAGAUGCUUUCGUCCUUAUCUAUUACACGGGCAAGAAACAGUUGGUUUUGCCCGAUGAGAUGCCUUCCAACAUUUUCAUCUUUGCAGGCCGGCCUGCACUGGAGAAAGUCAUUUGCGGCUUGGUAGAAUGCAUCGAAACAGAGACAGGUUUGCCAGAAAAUAUUGCUGAGGAGGGCAAGAGAAUCCGAGACUUGGACCCUGCACGCAAGUUCCGAGCAGUGGUGAGCCGUCUCCUCAAAAUCUAUUCUGAGGUGAGGUUCUAUGUAUCCUGUCUUGAGGCCUCUGAGGCUGCACGUGCCAAUUUGGAGAAGGGCGUUUCCUCCAAGCAACUGGAUCAAACGUUGCAUUCUGCAGCAAAAUUGCGCAACCGCACACGAAGGGCUAGCCUGGAGACAGUUGUUCAUCAACACAGGGACGCUGUUGCGAUUACAAAGGCAGGUUUAACGAGUGCUGUGAAUGAUUUCUUGGGGUACGAAGAGUUCACGCCUGAGGAUAUUGAUGUUAUUUUCGACCGAUUUGACACGGAUCGUUCGGGAGCGAUUGACCAGGAGGAGUAUGAGUUGCUCAUUGACUACGUUUAUGCUGGCGAUGACGAGGAAGACGACGACUGGGCUCUGGAAAUCGAGGGUGGGGAACUCUACACGGCCAAAUCAUUCUUUACCCCCCUAAAGAAGGGUGAAGUGGCCAAGAGCGAUGACAACAAUUAUGCGAGCAAGCAUAAGCUUGACACUUGGCAAAUGCUUUACUGUGGCGGGAGUGCGCCUGUUGUGGAGUCGCUAGAAAUGAUCAACAAGAAAUAUGGCAUUGACCUGAAGAUUGAGAAGUUUGAUUGGUAAACUAUUAAUAAAGGAUAUCAUUCUAG